GGCUGACGUUUUUAGUUGACAUUUCACCGAAAUAUGGGUUAUGUUGAUUGUUAUUGAGUUCAACGUUCGACUGGAAUAAAUAAAUUUUGUGGAAUGAUGUGUGAUGAUGAAAUUGAGAUAGAAAAUCAUGAAAAAUAUAAAGAGAUAAAUUCAUUUCCAGUGGUGCUAGAAAUUGAAGCGCAUCAUGUUGAUAGCCUAACAUAUAAUGACUUCUUCGAUAAAUUCAUGGUGAAAAAUAUACCGGUUUUAAUCACAGGGAUUGCUGAUCGCUGGGAAUGUAUGAACUGGGUGAACACUGGCGAAAAUUGCCGCAUCAAUUUUGAAUAUUUGAAGAAAACAAUUAACGUCAAUCAAGAUAUUCCAAUUGCCAACUGUAGCAAAGUGUACUUCAAUUCACACGAAAAAUCCGAAAUGCAAUUUGGACAAUUCAUUGACUAUUGGCAGACUCAAAUUCAACAGAAUGAACGCGAAUCAAGCAACUUGUUGUAUUUGAAAGAUUGGCAUUUGCGACACAAUCAACCAGAUUAUGGAUUUUAUAGAACACCAAUUUACUUUGCAUCUGAUUGGCUGAAUGAAUAUUGUGCGGAGAAGAAAGCCGAUGACUAUCGGUUCGUUUAUAUGGGACCGAAGGGAACAUGGACACCAUUUCAUGCUGAUGUGUUUUCAUCGUUCAGCUGGUCGACAAAUAUAGUUGGAACAAAGAAGUGGAUUUUCUUCUCGCCACAUGAAGAAGAUAAACUACGCGAUGGCCUAGGCAACUUACCAUUUGACAUGAACAAUGAAAUAUAUCAAUGUCGAAUUCAUGAAAGAGAUAUACGUUUUUUUGAAGUGAUACAACGGGCAGGUCAAACUGUUUUCGUACCAAGUGGUUGGCAUCACCAAGUUUGGAAUUUAGAAGACACCAUAUCUAUUAACCACAACUGGUUCAACGGCUGUAACAUUCACUGCAUAUGGGAUGCUCUCUUGUCUAAAUUCAAUGCGGUCUUACGAGAGAUUGACGACUGCAAAGAUAUGGAUGGCUUUGAAGAGCACUGCCAGCUCAUGCUGAAAUCCGAUUUUGGUCUAGAUUUUCGAAUGUUUUUGGAUAUUUUAAAAACUAUUCUGGCAAAUCGACUGAACAUUCUUCAGAACAACGCCAAAUUGGUUUUAAAUGAGGCUAAGCUAGGUCGAGAGCACGCUAUCUAUGAUUUGAACGCAAUUCAUCGAGUGUUAACGGAUUUUUCUACAAAGUGUCCUUUAGAAGAAUUACAAAAAUCUAGUCAAAAUAUGAUGAUACAAAUUGAUAAAAUUGUUAGAUGAAUAGUGAAAAGAAAAAGGCACGAAGAAGAUUUGAAGUUUUUUCCACUCACAAGACUUGUUGACUUUGUUUACUGGAUUAUUUCUCGUCGCAUUUUAGUGGGCUUUAUAGCAAAUCUAUAAAUAAUUGAAAUGGUUCAAUUGUUAUUUCUUCAGAUCAGUUCUUUCUCACACAUUCAUAACAAACACCAUAUAAAAAUCUUACUCUUUGUGUGAAAUUGUGCCUAAGAGAAUAUGUGACUUAACUAUUGUGAACUGUUCAUAAUGAUCGCAAUAGCCCAAACACUAGUUCAUAGAGCUAUCUCAAAUACUAAGCGAACAACUCCAUCUAUACGGAUAAUAGUUUAAAUAGCUAAACGAGUAACAAAUGAUUGUAAUACUAUUUGAAGCAGAAUAUUUUCAAAAAUUAGGAAGCAUCUCUCAACGCUAUCGACACACAAAACUGUUGAUCGCUGUUAUUGCUCGUGGGAAUGGGAGAGUUGAGUUAAAUAUUACAACUUUUUCACAGCGCCACCUAAUCAAAAUCCUAAUGUCAAACCUCAACAUAUUCCCACACAUUAAUUGAAACAAGUGUUGUCUCUCCUCAACAUUUUUGUUUUUUGCUUUUUUCAUGUGUAUUUGUUGAUACUCAAAAACAGUGGAUAAAAGUAUUGUCUGAAAGUACUACUUAUUCGCCACCUAUAUCGCCAAUGUUAAACGGAGUUAUUUUCUUCCAAAGAUUCACACAUAUAUUUUAUGAACAUUUUUACGGAAAUUCUAAAAUUUUACAGUGUGAAACAACAGAUGGCGCUGGUUUGAGAUGAAUCAUUUUGGAUUUCGACAUAAAGUCAGAAUUUUUUUUUUGUAGUUCUAUGAAAUUGUAUAUGAAAUUUACAUGGAAUUGAAAUAUUUUCACAGAAUCACAUUUAAUAUGUGGUUUUACAUUUAAAUGUGUACAUAUAAAAAAUGCCGUCUUCGACUGAUACAGUAGUGCAUAGUCGGAUAAAGGUUGGUAGAUGAAGUUUCAUUGAUUCCAGAAACAAAAAAUAAUCUGUACAUUUUCAACAAAUCUUCAUCCAAGACACAUAUCGAUAAUUUACUAGUGGAAUUUUCAAGAAUCAGCCUAGAAAAAUUUUAAAAACAAUUUAAAUGAUAAACUAAAUUCAUUUUGAGGUUAUGCCAUAAUCUAUAUUGCAAUAUACUUAACAGUUCAAAGUACAGUCAAGGUAGUUCAGAAGAAUGUCGUCAAUAUAGCGGUGUGUCCUCAGUGUCUAAAUGCAUUCUGUCUAUUUCGUAUGGAAAAACUCGUUUGUUGUCGCCUCUUCAUUUUGUUGGCUUUAUCAUUUAAUUUAUUUUAAUCUUUUAUGCUUUGAGUUUGCCCAAUAAAUUAAAUAAUUAAUAAUUUAUCGUUUUUCUGAUAAUCUCAGUGUCGGCCGUAUCUUGCAACACAAACAAAAUCGUAUAUUGUGCAUUCCCGUAUAUUGUGAAAUAGUUGUGACAAAGUAAAACCGCUGUUACAAUGACCCAUCGAAAUCUGGGGGAUUUCAACAUAUUGUACUUCAAUAUAAACUCUUUGCGGAAUAAGCUGGACGACAUCAUAGCUGAAAUAGCUAGCUUUGAAAAAAAAAUGUCAUGGCCAAAUGGUGCAUUUCAUAGCGUUGACGGAGACAAAAAUCAAAACAUCAGAAGUCCCGGAAUUCCCAAUCACUUACUAUAAACCGUUCUUCAAAUGCAGUCCAGAUGGAUAUGGUGGUGUGGCCUUAUAUGUGCACAGAAGUUUAGGAUGCACUGAACUCUUUAGCCGGAACAGAGACUUCGUCAAUAUGCUCGUUGUCAGAAUUCCUAGCGCAGAGAUUAAUAUAGCUGUGAUGUACAAAUCACCAACUGUGGAUAAUGCUACAUUCUUCCCGAUAUUGAAACCAUUUUUAAGGGAUAUUCAUAAUGAUAGGCGUGGAACUAUAAUCGUCGGUGAUAUCAAUAUUGACUUAUCGCAAACCAACAGACACCUUGAAUAUCGUAACAUGAUAGAGUUACAUGGAUUCUACAUCUUAAACAAAACAUCAGCCACACGGGUCGGAGCGACGUCUCGAACGAUCAUCGAUCAUGUUUUAACGAAUUGCGAGGAUAUGUCGCAUAAGGUGGCUAUACAUAACACUGUCCUUUCAGAUCAUCGACGAAUUCAUAUCACUUUUGAUUGAGAGAAAAACCAUCAAAUAAAAUAGCAUAGUUUACAAGUGCCUCAUUGUUAUUUUCGAUGUAUUUCUUCUAAAUGAAUGAAUAAAAAUUUAUACCAAUUUUUUAAUACAAAAAA